GAGGAGGAGGAGAAGGAGGAGCGAGGAUGAAGAAAUCUUCUCCUAUUGGAGGCCUGACCUGGGACCCAACCAACCAGGGAUAAGAAAAUGUUGGUUGAGGAAGAUGGUCAGUGUGUGGCUGACCUCGGAUCUAAAGAUCUGUUGGAAGAAGUGUGUGAGAACUCUAGGUUAGACUCUACACAGCUCAACUCUACACUCAAUCCCAGUUCAACAUAUUCUUCUUCAGUGCAACAACAAUCCAAUACAUUCUUAGAUACUCAACCACAGCAACGACAGUUUUUUCAACAACAAAAACAGCAACAGCAUUCUGCAACUGUUAACAAUCAACAAACAUUUUACAAGAAUAGUUUCUGCUAUCCGGGUAAUAAUUUCUCCGGGUCUCAGUUUCACCAUGAAGGAUCUGAGAAGGGUUUACAUCCAAAUCCUGGUUUAAAUCAAGGUUCAACUUAUUACCAAAACUUCUCCCCCCUCCCCCUCCCUCCUCCUCCCCCCAAUAGUUUCAUAACUCCGCGGACCCAGUUCCAGGGACAUUGGAGAAAUUAUCCAACCCAUCAGGAUAAAAAUAGAUUUUCAAACAACGGAAAUUUUAAUCUCCGCGCUAGAAGGCGAGUAAGACAGAGAGUUGAUGCUGGGGAGCCAAGAAACUCAUAUUCAAGUAUUCCAGGAUUUUCAAACAUGUUUCCUAGGCCUGAUCUUUGUAUGUACAAGGGUACUAUGUACAAGGGGCCUGUGUACAAUCCCCACCUUGGAUAUCCUAGAUUCAGCCAUCUUAAUUUGGUCCAGGAGUCGCAUCUUUUGGCGGCUAGGGGCGGGGGUCGGGCCGGGGCGGGAGAAGUUUGGACGGGAGACGGAAGGAACGGAACUUCAAGCCGCGGGUUCAGCUCCGAGACACCGACAGAUACUAAGAUCAAUCCGAGACCACUCGUUGAGCAACCCUCAAGCAGGACUCACGUACAUACUUUCUCCAGUAGCUUAGAAGCAGUGAGUGAGAAGGAUUUAAGUGAUCAGGGUACCAGUGAAACCACACAGACUAUUCAAUCGGAUAAAAACUUGGCAGAAAAUGCUUUUUUAAUCCGAGACAUUCUCCAGUCUAAGCUUGCAGCAGUAUCAGAGAUGAUGGAGCAUAGUUUGGGAGGAAUGGUUCUCUCAGGACCUAGAGAUUUCUCUCGUCCUACAAUCCCUGGAAUUAACAACAAUGAGUUUAAGGAAAACACCGCCGCCUCCAUCAUGAACCAUAUCUUGAAGGUGAGACAAGAGAUGGCGCUCAAUAUGAGCAAAGAUAGCGACAGCGACAGACACACAGAGUCUCCAAAUCAUAUCAGUGACAGCGAGGACAAGGAUGAACCAAUCAACCUCCAACAGAAUGGUCGGAGCUCUGCAGGUUCAGGUUCAGACGGAGAAACUUCUCCUGCUUCUCCAUCCUCAGAACACUCUGCAGGAUCAGCUAAGGAUCAAAAAGCCUCAAGGUUAGAAAACAUUGUUGGAGGAUUGGCUCGGUCCUCUCCCCUCCCUCCCCAGGGGUGUAAAAAGAGGAAGUUAUAUCAACCUAUACAACAUGAGAGUAUGGAGGAUGAUGAGGGUAGAGAAGAGGAGAGAGAAGAGAAGGAUGGAGAGGAACCUGAUCUAAAGAAGAGAAGGGACGGGUUGGAGACACAGCUCCGAACCAUGCAGGAUCUGGUGAAGAUGCAGCACAAGUUUAUCUCCAACAACGACGAGAACGCAGACCCGGAGGAGAAGGACGGAGAACUCCACAUUGAUCUCUCUAGGGAGGAGAAAAGGUUUUCUCACAUGGAUGAGAUUACAAUUGAAAAGAAAAUAAAUCCCAAAUCAUUCUCCGGGUUUGGGCAUCCCUUGUUAAAUGGAUCAGUAGACCCCCUCCCCCUGCCCCCCACCAGUAUGAACGCCAACUAUAUGGAUCUUGCAAAGAGAUUUCUUCAAGAACAACAAGAUAAGAUUACUAAGGACAUGAUAACGAAAGAUAUUGUUCACAGUACAAUUGGUCGGAAUGAAAUUGCUGACAAAUUGGCUGCUAUUUCUCCAGAAUUGGAAGGACUGGCGGAUAUACUUAAAUCAGAAAUAACAACCUCUCUCACCAUUAUUGUGGACUCUAUUGUUCAGAGGUUUCUCACAGCUAAGAGGCAACCUCUGGGUAAGUUCUCCGAUGACUCCGUAAACCAGGACAGGAUGAAAACUCCUAGUGGACGAGCUCCUCAGGUCAGAGACAGAGCAACACCUAGAACCGUCUCCAACCCUCUCUCCAUGGCGAACCCAACCAUGUUCUCUAACACCAUGAACACCAACAACCAGCUUCCCAUCUCCCGUCCCUCCCUGCUCCCCUAUGGAGCUGAUAAGCCUCUGAUGAGCUCACUGUACAACUCCCACCUCCAGCAGAGUGAUGAGGAGAGGGAGGAUGAGGAGCAAGAUGAUGCACUUAAUCUUGUGGUUACGCCGAAGAAGAAAAGGCACAAGGUGACUGAUACAAGGAUUACUCCUAGAACAGUUUCCAGACUACUAGCUGAUCAACCCAUAACAAGUAUUGAACAAUUACAAAAACAUUUUAAUCCCAAUCAUCACUUUGUUCCUCAUGGAUUCCCUAAACAUCUUGCUGACCUACCCCGCCCUCCAUUCCCAGGACUCACUCACUCCCUUCUCCCUCAUAUCCCCACCUCCCUCGCCCCUGACUUCCCUUUCCACCCCUUUCCCUUCCACCCUCACCUGAACCGCCCUAGGGACUUGAGCCCGCCCCAUGAAAGGGCUAGAUCCGCCUCCCCUCCCAGAGAUACCCGCCCUCCCCCUCCUCUACUCCACCCCUCGAUGCUGGCAACCCACUCCCCUGAUAUGAACUUGAAGGGCGGGGAUGAGAGGAGUAUAUCUAGGAGUAGUUCUGAUGAUCUAAGAUUUGAUACUCCAGGAAAUACAGGAUUCAGCCUUGCUUCUAUGUCAGGUGGGUACUCAAUGUGUGACCUGCAGAACUCCACGUUGACCCCAAUGCACCUGAGAAAGGCGAAGUUGAUGUUCUUCUGGGUGAGAUAUCCCAGCUCCGCCAUCUUGAAGAUGUAUUUCCCUGACAUCAAGUUUAAUAAGAACAAUACAGCCCAGCUCGUUAAAUGGUUCUCUAACUUCAGGGAGUUCUACUACAUCCAGAUGGAGAAGUACGCUAGGCAGGCCUUGAGCGAGGGCGUGAAGAACUCCGAGGAGAUCCGAGUAUCCGGGGACAGUGAGCUCUACAGGGUUCUUAACCUUCAUUACAAUAGGAACAACCAUAUUGAGGUUCCUGAUCAUUUUCUGCCUGUUGUUGAGGCAACCUUGAGAGAAUUUUUCAUCUCUAUUCGCGGCGGCCGGGACGGAGAACCAUCUUGGAAAAAACAAAUUUACAAAAUAAUUGCUCGAUACGACGAACCCAUCCCAGAUUAUUUCAAAACCCAAGACUUUUUGCAGCAGCUAGAGUAGACUAUGGUCGCCUCUAAAAUCCAGUUUUUUUGCCAGUUUGAAGACCUGUUUUUGUCGCAAAAACAUAUCCGUGCAAAUGUAAAUAGUGUUGGCACCCUGAAACUUAGAUACCUACCUGUCAGAGCUUACAUCAAAGUUAAUGUGCGCGUCCCAUAUGUAUGUGCUCGUUUUUCUGAACCCCAUUUGGGUUAUUAGUUUGUAUGUUUUGAGUGCCUUUUUAAACCUUUUUUUGCAUCCUGUGAUACCAAAUUUGAAGGGUAAAAUGUUUGAAAUAUUUUAAACGCUUUUUUUAACUUUCAAAUAUAUUACAUAUAUUAUAGUCGUUUUCUGAAUGUGUAAAUAUUAUUAAGUGUACAAAGUGUCUGAUUCUACCAAAGAUUGUAAAUAAGUUUUUUAAUUAAAUUAGAGCCAAAGACCAGUUUUUGUAUAAAAAAUCUAUUUAGCACAGUUUCGUGCACGAUAGGUAGUUAAGUCAUUUUUCACUGAUCUCUAGAAUUUGCAACUUUGCGAAUUUUUUGGAUAUUUUUCGCACAUUUUCUCUAUCUCUCUCUCUCUCUUGAAGAAUCUAGGUGAGUUUACCCUAGUCCACCAUACAACAGCAUUCCAAAUAUUUAUUUUCUUUUUUUAAUUAAUUUAAUUUUUGCAUUUUUAUUCUUUUUUUUUUAGGAUUCCUUACAAAUCCAUUCCCUUAAAUAGUCCCCUAACCCAAUGCAUUUAGUCAAAUUUUUCAAAAGAAAAAAUUUUGAAAAUUUUGCGCAUUUUGUUAAAUUGUGAUUUCUCUUAGAUAACCCAGUAUAUAAAGUUUAGUAAAUCAGGGGGAUAUAAAUUAUUUAUUAUUCCCCGGAUUCUAGACUUGCAUACUUUAUAUGUAUUUCAUGUAGAACAUUUAUAAAUAAACUAUAGAAUUCA